UGAUAUAUUGGGCAUGGCAAAAUCAUUGGCCGUGAUCAUAUAUCAUCUAUCUGGUAAACUAAAAGAGCAGGUUCUCAUCUCACCACAGUCCACCUCAAAAAUUCUUUGCUUCCAUGGCUGCUCUUGCUUCCUCAUCUUCCCUCUUCUCUUCUAAGCCCUCCAUCCAUCUUCCAUCUUCCCUUUCUCCUUCUUUUCCUCCUCUCUCACUCUCUCCAAUCUCUCACCCUUCUCCUCUUUCAUCUUCUCUCUCCAUUUCCCAUUCGUUUCUCUCUUACCCUUCCUCUUUUAGACCCUCCAAUGUCUGCUCCUUCAGUGUCAGGGCUAACUCUCUUGACAAGAAGGUCUUGAUCGUCAACACAAACAGUGGUGGACAUGCAGUCAUUGGCUUCUAUUUUGCUAAACAGCUUCUGGGUUCUGGCCAUGAGGUCACAAUUCUCACUGUCGGUGAAGAGAGUUCUGAUAAGAUGAAGAAACCCCCAUUCAACAGAUUCUCGGAAAUUGUGAGUGGUGGAGGCAAGACAGUAUGGGGAGAUCCAGCAGAAAUUGGGAAGGUUGUGGCAGGAGCAUCAUUUGAUGUGGUAUUAGAUAACAAUGGCAAGGACAUAGAUACUGUGAGGCCUGUUAUUGAUUGGGCAAAAGAUGGUGUUAAGCAGUUUCUAUUUAUCAGCAGUGCUGGAAUUUAUAAGCCAACUGAUGAGCCUCCCCAUGUUGAAGGGGAUCCUGUUAAAGUCAAUGCUGGUCAUGUUGGCGUUGAAAAAUAUAUUGCAGAGGUUUUCGGCAGCUGGGCUAUCUUCCGUCCACAGUACAUGAUUGGAUCUGGCAACAACAAAGAUUGUGAAGAAUGGUUCUUUGACCGAAUCGUCCAGAAUAGACGAGUUCCAAUUCCAGGCUCCGGUAUGCAGCUAACAAACAUUGCACAUGUCCGAGACUUGUCUUCUAUGUUGACACUGGCUGUAGAGAAACCAGAUGAAGCACACUCUAACAUAUUCAACUGUGUAAGCGAUCGCGCCGUGACUCUUGAUGGAAUGGCCAAGCUAUGUGCUCAAGCAGCAGGCUGCCUGGUUGACAUUGUGCAUUUUGAUCCAAAAGCAGUUGGGGUUGAUGCAAAGAAAGCUUUUCCUUUUAGGAAUAUGCAUUUCCAUGCGGAGCCAAGGGCAGCCCAGGAUAUUUUAGGGUGGAAAAGUACCACAAAUCUUCCUGAAGAUUUGAAGGAGCGAUUUGAAGAGUAUGUGAAGAUUGGUAGAGACAAAAAGCCUAUAAAGUUUGAGUUAGAUGAUAAGAUACUUGAGUCCCUAAAAGUUCCAGUAGCUGCUUGACCAUUCUUCGGAUAAUUGUGCAGAACAAUACUGUCCAUAUUACAGUACUUUAGCAUAUGUAUUCUCAUUUAUUAUUCUUCUACCAACUUACCCAAAUGAAGUGAUUCAAAGGUGAAGUUUUGUUGCCA